CAAAUCGUCUAAACAAGUAUAUUCGAGAUUCGCAAAAAUAUUCCACUUUUUAUAUUGGAAUAUAAAUCACCAGAAGUAAAAGAUUUUUUUUAUAUAUAUCUCUCUGUGCAACUUUGAGUGUCCUAGAAGUGCUUGGCGCGAAAUUAUUUAUCUUUCGAUUAUCCGCCAAUACCGUUUAUAUUCGGAAAUUUAUCGAAAAUCAAUCGUGGAAUAUAAUAUUCUGUUGGUGUCGUGAUUGAAUUUUAUGCUCUUUGGGAUUUAAGUGCAACGAUAAAAGUGACAAUAUGAUCAAGUUUAUUUGUUUAUUAGCCUGUUUCACAUACGUAUAUGCUGAUGUAGCAUCUGCUGGUCGUAAUCAAUACCUUCCACCUGAUAAGGGAUACAACUACGAUAAACCAAACGUUCCUUUUCCAUCAAACAGGCAACCAACACAAGUUCCCUUUCCUGGAACGCCCACUCCAUCGCGGCCGCAGCAACCAACAUUCCAACCCCGGCCACCGCCAAGAGUACCGUCCGUUCAACCAACUCAAGGUUAUCCACAACGGCCACAGCAAGAUAAUUCCGAUCAUCACCACCAUGAACCAGGAAUGCCAUUCAAUUUCCAAUAUGCAGUUAACGAUGCGGAAACCGCAAAUGAUUACACACAUAAUGCAGUUAGUGACGGUGACGUAACACGUGGCGAAUAUCGAGUUCAACUUCCCGAUGGUAGAACGCAAAUUGUAAAGUAUACAGCCGAUUGGAAAAAUGGAUACAAUGCUGUGGUAUCGUAUGAAGGUGAAGCUCGUUAUCCAGAUGCUCCAUUCGGCGCCAGCAAUAAUGCCAAUCAGGGAUAUAAAUACUAAAAUGUCACCACUCCUAUUUCAUGUUUACUGUAUUUUCGCGAACCAUCAUAAAUUAAAAUGCAUUACAUUCAUGUGAACCAGUCAAAGUCAACCGGAGAAUUAAUACAAUUGAAAAACGAACAAAAAUUUUUUAUUUUUUAUAAUUUAACUUUUUCAAAAAGCUAUGCCGUCGCCCGUUACCAUUAAUUUUACGAGCCAGUAAGUUUUAAUAUUUAUUUUUUAUUUUGUAUUUAUAAAACC